UGAGUGCAAGCGGGAGCGAGUUGCGCUCCGAGGAUCGCCUGACAAAAAAAAAAAAAAGUCACUGAACCGUUAUGCGCCAUAAAACUGGAAUUGGGUGAUGCUACCGAGACACUCUGCGGCCAGGCGGCACACGGCACAGUUCUUUGAGUUCUGAUGGUGCUUUCGUGCUCAUCCUCGUAAAACUCAGCGACGACAGUGACGCAGCGGCUGUCGCCCCUUUCGGCUCAUCGAGCUGACCACAACUGCCACGGGCGUGGUCUUCGGACGACGAUCACGGACGUACACGCGUGCGAACGCUGAUCUGGACUGCCCUCGUUGAUCUGAAACCGACCGCAGUGUUUUUAUUGGACUGGUCAUGAGGACUCUCACGGUGGCCGUGCUGCUGUGUGCGGCCGUCGUGCUGGUGUCGUGCCGGCGGCGCUAUCGCAUCCGCUACCUGGAUGCUGACGACGUCGACGAUGCACCGGUGGUGUUUCGGCGGGGCCGGAGCCGGGACCUGCUGCGAGACCUGGAGGCUGUGGCCAGUGGUUCAGACCGCCCCGUGUACGUGAUACGCAGGCGCAAGCCCAAGGACCGCCGCCCACUUGGACAUAGCAGCCGUGAGCGGGUGCGCUUCGAGGAGCCACCGGAGGAUUUCGACGCUGAGGAAAGCAGGCGGCCGAUGCCACCACUGCCUGGCCAAGAUCCAUUCCGCCCAACUUUUGUCGUCCAAGGCACGUACGCCCUGCACCCCAGGUCUCAGAAGUUGAUGCCCUACGAAGGCGAACACCCGAUACCCAUCCCUCGAGAAGUGUUCUCCCAGAUUUCGUAGAGUGCCGCCAGGCAGGCCUGGAAGGCACCGUUUCCCUACAGAGGGCAACUGAGACGUCAGGGUAUCGAGUGCACAACCAGCGACAACCGCUGCAGUGCAGAAAAGCAAAUGAGCAAAAUGUAUUAACCUUUUCAGGGCUGGAAACCCGCGGGAACGGACAGAAGGCAUUACAGUCGCUCACCUGAUACGAGAGUGGUAUUCAUAAAAAAAAAAAAAAAUGUCGCGCGUUGGCUUUUGACGCGGGCGUCUUAUAUUGCACAUCACACUUUUGCUGUUAUUUUUUGUUUUAUUGUUUUUUAGUUUUUUGGCACAGGGCAAAUGUCUGAUAGUGUCAUCCCAGUAAUUUCUUUUUUAAUUUUUCAUGAAACCAAAUAAUUCCAGUUGUGUAUACAUUUUUCGGUAGAGCAUAACGCUUCGGUGAACAAAUAAAUACACAAAAAGGUUUUGUUCUUUUUCUGCAUUACAUCAUGACUAAGAGGUACCAUCUUGUGCUGUCUUUGACUGAGGCUCAAUAUAGGGUAUAUUUAUUAUACGUACCUCACUGACAGCGCUUUGCCUUUGCCCAAGCAUCGCAUUUUGUGCGGACCUUUCAAUAAAGACUUUUUCAUGUGCAAGUUGAA